AUGUCCAACACCAUGCAAAUUACCAUUCUGGUUGGAUCAGAUUCACUUGCUGCUGAAUUGGACACAGUGCAAGAAGGUUUUAGUGGUGAGGCAGUACAGGCAUACGUUGAACAGAUGCCUCAUGAUCAAGAACCGCAAUUCGUGCCAGAAGUGGGUCAGAGAACAGAAGAAGUCCUGGAAUCUGCAACACGUGAGGCAAAGAAGAAGUUAGCUGUUCAGCAGGAUUCGAGGAAGAAAGCCUUGGAGUCUGCCGAACCGGAACCGUGGAUGGAUGUAGAACGGAUAGAUGAUAAUGUGAACUCCGUAGGUGUUAAUCAGUACACAGACGAGGUCCGUAGACGUACCCCGACAUCAAGCGAUCUACAGUUUGAACAAAGUGUGGCAGAGAAAGAGGUCAGCAAUUUGAGGGGUAAGGUUGAAACGUCUCAUUCUGGUGAGAUCGGGGCCCGAAGGAGAGGACCAGCGCUAUCAACGAGAAUGUUUGAUGACUCUCCAGUUGACGACAUAAUAUCGGAUCAAUAUGCGGAAAUGACAAGUUCUGGCUCCCGCGACUCGUUGGAGUCCGGUGAUUUCGAUGCAGACCAGGAAACGGUACAAGAUUUGAGAGUAUCGGAUUUUGCUUCGAUAUCUCCAUCGUAUACAAUGAGACGAAACAAAGACUCCUCUAGUGGUAGUGUGAAACCAAAAGAUAAAUUCGGUAGCUAUGCGUCAAGAGAUAUAACCAGUGAGCGACAGAGAAGAAAGACAUUUAUGAGAGCAGUUGAAGAUAGAACACAUACAGAUGAAGAUAUUCAGACUUCACAAAGACGGGCUUCAUUAGAACAGCGCAUUGGAAAGGAUAUGAGGGAGAAACACAUGCGUAGUAGACGAAAAGAUCUCCGAGGAGCUUUCAAAACUGAAGAGGGAUUGACGACAUUUGAAGGUUUAUCUUUUCUCGAACCCGGCCUCUCUGCACUGGAAUUAGGUGAUCGUCGAAGAAGAGUUUCCUUUCCCAGUGAACCUGUUACACAACAAGACGAAAAUGUUCAUUUGUUGGAUCGGUUGAACUUUCCCGUUGAUUCCAGGGGUCAAUCUGCCCAGAUAGUGGUUGGAAUCGAAGGCCAUUUAGAAAAGUAUGGAAGGAUUACUGCCAGUGGAGUUGGGUUAGGAAUUGAUAUUGGACAAUCUGAAACGGCACAGAAAACGUUUGGUGUUCGUGCGGGGUGGGGCAGAGACAAAAAUGUUCAGAUACCUGAUUCUAUCCAACUACGUCAAUGGAAGUCCCCGAUCGGAGUGGCUGACAUCAAGCGUUAUGCUAGAGAACUCGAUGUUGAUGCUUCGGAUGGUUUCGAUCAGAGAGAAAGUAGGGAUGAGUUAUUAUCACCGUCGGAUGGAAGCAGAAGUACACGAUCGUUGAGACGAGGUGCUAUUGACCAAGCAGGUAUUAGAGACGGUGUCCCGAUGCGAAGAAGUGAUCCAACGAGAAGGAAGACUAUGCAAGAUGCGGAUACCUCCGAAGGUGUCGAACGUUUCGGCAUUGCCGGUGCCUUUGAGGAUUUGAGAUUUGACUCCGGCUCUGGUUUCAUUCGCACUUUGUGGGCUGAUCAAGGUUCGGUUCACGGUGGUCGUAAAGGACCCCCUUCAUUACGGACUGACGGAAUGGAAGUGGUUGAUGGAACACGGGCAAUUAGACGUGGACACGUGCCACUUUACCUGUUUACCAAAUCUGAUGUAGAGGAAAAGAAAGAUUACACGACUACUUAUUCCCCCUCAUUGUCAGAUGCAGACCAGGCUACAAUUUCAGGUCAGGGUAAGAUUUUGUUCGCUAGGUACCACACACCAUCCCGAAUUUCGGAAAAGAGAUUCGACUCAUUAGAUUAUUUGAAGAAAUCUCAACUAGAGAGUAUCACGCAUCAAAAAUCUACACAACUCAGCUCUGAAGAAAGAAUUACGGUAAAGAAAUGGGAUGCCUUCCCGGUGGACUCCGAACAUAUAGACAGACCGAGUGAUUUAUGGAAACAGUUGGGUUAUCGGUCUUACGGUGACUAUAUCCGCUCUACGGAAAGAUCAUCCCGGUUAACAGAUGACCGAGCACUGGCACAAACGGAGCCGGAACCUGUUCAAUUUAUAUCUCCGUGGAUUUAUGACCACAAAUCAAGAACCAUCAGUUAUCAUGAAUAUGAGUCAACAAGACCUAUCAUGGAACAAGUUACGCCAACUGGUCCUACAGACACAGAGUAUAUUGCACGCGAGCCAUACCACGGUGAACGUUUCACUAACAUAUUCACACUGAUUUCAAGCGAGACCAUACCUUUGGGUACGCAAAUGGGAUCAAUGCAGGAUCACUGGCCAAUGGAUGAAUACAGCCCUACUGAUCGCCGUAAAAUUGUUUCGUGGGCCAAUUAUUUGGAUCACGGACGUCUGAAAACUAUACAUGUGAUGGAGGAACGUGACAAAUCACAAAAAGUGCAAAGGAUUCACACUGUUGUUGUUGAACCCAAUCCCGUCAGGAUACCAGGAGUAUUUACGGCACGGUGUCCAUCGAUGAGCUCAUCAUUGGCGGGGGACUACACACCAAACGCCAUAACAUGGAUUCGAACCCCAUCCAUCUCUGAUUUACAAAAUGGCAAUCGGGAAGAGAUUAUUCACUAUUCAACCAAAUCUCGUAUGAUAAAAGCUCUAUCGAAAAGGGACGGACUGGAUGAGCGCAGUUAUAUUUAUCCACCACAAAAGUGGAGCGAUUCGCACACAUUAGAUGUUAUUGGCCUCGUUCCAGAGGAUUACGGAUUUUAUAUUUGUGUGACUACGUUCUUAUCAGGAAGCGGCUCACACUCAACCUUGAAUAUAACUAAGCGAUCAGAAAAUCCUCUGUGUGUCAUGCCACCGGUCAAAUCGCCAACACUCACCGUUUCUAGUCUCCUUCCCGAUAAUUCUACCGGUGAAGGAAUCGGAGUAUGUCAUCCACCGAACGUAACCCUUUUGAUUAAGUGUGAUGCGACCGCUUUUCGCCUAUUCUGUGAAAAAGCUGAUCAGGAUGCAAACGGUGUGAGGCUGAUUGAGACGAAUCUAACGGCACAUAUUCACCUUAUUACGAGUGGAGGACAAAGAUACGUCCUCGAGAUCACAACUCCAAUUAUCAGAAUACGUCCUCUUCAGCUUCCUGGAUCUGUGGAACAAACAACGGUUGAAAAGUUUUGGAGUCUUCCUUUAAAGCAAGAAUACGAUGGUGCUUAUUUGACGUGUCAUGCCAAACCCAGCGUUACCCAAACGCCGCCAGACGGGGUGAAAUUUCUCAACUGGUUGAAUAAUCAGUUUGAUGAAGUGCGACAGAGCCAUCUUGUCACACGCUCCCGUCCAGUCCGGNCGGAUUUGUGUUUCAUCCGAAGAAUCAGUCAUUCGAAUCGAUCCAACGCCCAACAGAUGGGUAUCUGA